AUGUUAGAAGGAUUGUUUAUGGAUAACGUCCAAUUUGCUGUUGGACAAUCGUUAUAUGAAAAGAAAACACUAGUCGUUUACAAUUGCACUGGACUUAAUGAGGAUUCAUGGUUACGUUCAUGGUUUAAGGAAGAAGAGCUUAACGAUAUUAAAGAUAAGGCGAUAUGGCUGAGGCUUAUCAAGGGGACUGAACAGUUUGAUAAUUUUGAGCAAUUAUUUCCUGCCGUGGUAGUUCCCAGUUUAUAUUUGAUAAAUUCGGGUCAAAUUCAUUUGGUUAUACAAGGUGCCCAACACGAGUCACAGAAGAAUGAGUCAGAAGGAAACAAACAUUGGAAUGACCUUCUGCAUGCCUUAGAAAAAAAGGAAUUACCAGUUCCGGAACCAAUAAUUGCAAAUGACGCUGAACGUAAACCGGAGAAGAAUCCUAAGGAAACUAAGGAAGAUUGGGUACCUAAGAAGACAGAAAAGGAAAAAAUUAUGGAAACCACUCAGGAAGUUUAUCACAAAGAGUUUCUAAAGCAAAGGAAACUAGACACAGAAGAGCGUGCCCGUAUUUUGCGAUUAUUGAAAGCUGAUAAAGAAGAAAGGAAAGCUCGUGAACAUUAUGGUACCUUAGAUGAUGACAAACCUUUAGUUGUUCAAGAUAAUAUCAAAGACCUAAGGAAAUUACAUAGUGAUAAAUGCACUUUACAGGUUAAACUGACUAAUGGAGAUAGAUUAGUACAUGCUUUUAAUUCCAAUGAACUACUUUACAACGUUAGAAAAUGGGUAGAUGAUAAUAGAACAGAUGGAUCUGUACCGUAUUACUUUCACAGAAAUAUACCUAGGAUUACAUUUGUCGAAUCAGAUGAGCUAAAGACUUUAGAAGGAUUAGAAUUAACGCCAAGAUCUGCUUUAAUAUUAAAACCGAUUGAGACAGGUUUUAAUGGACCGAGAAUCGUAGAAGCUCAAGCACCAAGCCUUGUAAGUCGAGUGUUUGGAGGGCUUUCAACGUGGUUAAAUAAACCUUCUUUGUCAAGAACUGAACCUGAAGAUGAUGCCAGUGAAGUUGAAUGGGAAGAUGCUCAAACCGAACAACAAUCAGUACACUCUGUUACAGAUGAACCCAAACAGAAAGAACAGCUACCUGAUUUAAAACUCAGAAAGAGCAAUACCCGUGUGUCUGAACUAAGUAGAGAGGAUGAGGCCUCAAGACAAUCAUCCAGAGCGGUAACACCAAACGUUUUCCAGUUUGUGAAUCAGGAUGAUAUGGCUGAUAAGAACCAAAACGAAAAAUCUACAUAUAAUGGUAAUAAUGUGAAUUUGGAGAAGAACAAAGAUAAGAAAUAG